GGGCGAGAUGAGAUAAAACAGAUCAGAUCUUGAAGUUUAUGUUAGAGAGAGAAUAAAAGCGUACACAACAUUAUUACAACACAGUUAAUGACUAACUAGUGCGCACUAUAAAUAUAUGCAUCUAUGAGUCUACCACUUAAUCCCAAGAAGACAAAGGAAGCCUGUUAAGGAUGAGAGCUGUUUCUCUGCUGGUGCUGCUGUGCUGCAGUUUGUUGGAGGGACAAUCGGUCAGUUUGAGUCAUUAUGAAGGCAGAGAGAACCAGAUUCAGGCUGAGGAUCCCAGAAAUGAACCUCCAGCCACAACCUCCACCCAACAAAGCUGCCAGCCGGACAUCCACUCUGUACUGAGAGAGAUGAGCGCUAUGCUGGCAGAGCUGAAAGUUGAGCAGAGACACACGACGACUGCAGUGAACAGCAUGGAGAGCAGACUGAGAGCCAGUGAGAGUCAAAUGGAGGAACUGAGGAAGAAGGUGGAGGAGGAGAGUCAGAAAAAUGAAGAGGAACUGAAAGACUUGAAAACCUCAUUCGACAGCCAGGUGGAGAACCUGAAGAUGGAGAAUCAAGCUCAAGCAGUGAAUCAGAGUGUCAUGGAGGCAAGAUUUGGGUCUGAACUGGAAGAACUGAAGAUGAAAAAUAACGAGGAACUGAAUGACCUGAAAAGCUCUUUAAAGAUCACAGAAGGCCAAGUGAAGAACCUGGACAAAGAGAAUCAAGACAGAAAAGUGGUGUUUUCAGCAUCACUCUCAGCAGGUGAAGCUGGUCAUACUGGACCAUACAGCACUUUAUUUCCUCUGGUCUACAAACACGUCUUCACCAACAUCGGCAGCGCUUACAACCCAGCUACAGGAAUUUUCACUGCGCCUGUGAGAGGAGUCUACCAGUUCAAAUUCCACGUUUUUGGAGGAAGUGGAAGAGUUGUAGCAGCGGUCCUACAUAAGAAUGGACAUCACAUAACUGGAGCAUAUUCUUAUCAAGACCAGCACAACCUGAGUUCCUCUAAUGGAGUCUCACUGUUACUGGAAGUAGGAGACGUCGUCUCUAUUAAACUCCACCCUAAUUCAUGGAUAUAUGAUAAUUGGUUUCAUCACAGCACCUUUAGUGGUCAAAUGCUGUUUUCUAUUUGAGCAGCUCAUCAUUAAAUAUUCGAUGGAAAAAAGAGUAGAAAUUGUAUUUCCUUGUACAUGAAAUAGUGUGUAUUCAUCAUUAUUUAUGAUCCUGUUUUUCUCCUUUGUUUCUCAUUACCAACUGUUCUAGAUGAUGAUUUUCAGUCCCGGAUAACAGAUUUUUUUUUUAUGAUCUUUUAGACAGUUUACCAUGUUCUUCUUGUCCUGUCACUUUUAAUAAACCUUGCCUAUGUAACCAUU